AUGUUGUAUGACGAAAAGGAAGUGAAUGAUUACUUUGAAAUCAAGGCUUGGGUUUGUGUUUCUGAUGAGUUCAGUAUCCCCAACAUAAGCAGAGUUAUCUAUCAAUCUGUAACCAGGGAAAACAAGGAAUUUGCAGAUUUAAAUCUGCUUCAAGAAGCUCUUAAAGAGAAACUGCAGAACAAACUAUUUCUAAUAGUUUUAGAUGAUGUAUGGUCUGAAAGCUAUAAUGAUUGGGAGAAAUUAGUGGGCCCAUUUCUUGUAGGGUCUCCUGGAAGUAGAAUUAUCAUGACAACUCGGAAGGAGCAAUUGCUCAGAAAGCUGGGUUUCUCUCAUCAUGAUUGUUUGCAGGGUCUGUCACACGACGAUGCAUUGUCAUUAUUUGCUCAACAUGCAUUGGGUGUAGAUAACUUUGAUUCACAUCCAACACUUGGACCAUAUGGUGAAGGGUUUGUGAAAAAAUGUGAUGGCUUGCCUUUGGCUUUACAAACACUUGGGAGGUUAUUGAGGACAAAAACAGAUGAGGAAGAAUGGAAGGAGCUGUUGGGUAGUGAAAUAUGGAGGUUGGAAAAUGGAGAUGAUAUUCUUCCGGCUCUUAGACUAAGCUAUAAUGAUCUUUCUGCCUCUUUGAAGCUGUUGUUUGCAUAUUGCUCCUUGUUCCCCAAGGACUAUGUGUUCGACAAGGAGGAGUUGAUUUUGUUGUGGAUGGCAGAAGGGUUUUUGCAACACUCUACUACAAGCAAGUCCAUGGAACGCUUGGGAUUCAAAUAUUUUGAUGAGCUGUUGUCGAGGUCCUUCUUUCAACAAUCUUCUAAUGAUGAAUCUUUGUUUGUGAUGCAUGAUCUUAUGAAUGACUUGGCCAUGUCUGUUGCUGGAGAUUUUUUUUUAAGGUUAGACAUUGGGAUGAAGAAGGAAUCUAGGAAGGAAUCUAUGGAAAUUCACCGCCAUAUGUCAUUUGUUUGUGAGAAUUACAUGAGUAACAAAAGGUUCGAGCCAUUCAAGGGAGCUAAAAGUUUAAGAACAUUCUUAGCGUUAUCUGUUGGGGUGGUAGAAAGUUGGGAUGUAUUUUACUUAUCAAAUAAGGUCUUGAAUGACUUACUUCAUGAGUUACCAUUGUUAAGGGUCCUAAGUUUGAGUAAUCUUAACAUAUGGUGGGUACCUGAGUUCAUUGGUAGUUUGAAGCACUUGCGGUAUCUUAAUUUAUCUCGAACAUGGAUCACACAUUUACCGGAAAAUGUUUGCAAUCUUUAUAAUUUACAGACGCUGAAUGUUUCUUGCUGUCAUAAAUUAAUUAAGUUACCAAAAAGCUUCUCAAAGCUUCAAAAUCUACAGCAUUUUGACUGUAGGGAUACUCCACUUUUGAAGAAGAUGCCCUUAGGGAUUGGUGAGUUGAAAAGCCUACGCACUCUCACCAAGAUCAUUGUUGGAAUGGAGAACCAUUUUGCAUUAACAGACCUUAAAAAAUUGAAAAAUCUCCAUGGGAAAAUUUCCAUUAUGGAGCUUGGCAACGUGCAAAAUGCAAUGACCGCAAAUGAGGCGAACUUAUCCCAAAAUCGAUUCAGUGAGUUAGAGUUGGAUUGGGGUAAUGUGUUUAAUUCAUUUAGAACGGAAACAAAUGAAAAGGAGGUGCUAAGUGAGUUGAAGCCUCAUACUGACACUUUGAAAAAGCUUGAUAUCAGGUUUUAUAGGGGUAUAGAGUUUCCAAAUUGGGUUGGGGAUCCCUUGUUUCUUCGGUUGACUCAUGUGUCAAUACGUAACUGUGUAACAUGUACAUCUCUACCAUCACUCGGGCAACUACCAUCACUUAAGGAGUUGAUUAUUGAAGGCAUGGAUGAGGUGAAAGUUGUGGGUUUGGAGUUUCUUGGGACUUCUAGUCCUGCAUUCCCUUCACUUGAAAUUCUACGUUUUGUUGAUAUGAAGGGGUGGAAGGUAUGGUCAGCAGAAAGUGGUGGGGUUGGACAUGCUACGUUUCCAUCCCUUCAAGAGCUUACUAUACAAAGUUGUCCUAAUCUACAUCAAGUAUCACUUGGAGCAAUACCUUCACUGAGGGUUCUAUACCUAACCCAAUGUGGUCAUGGUGUGUUGACAACUCUGGUUCAUGUAGCUUCAUCUAUCACCAAGUUGGAAAUACGUGGCAUUUCAGGGCUUACAGAUCAACUGUGGAGAGGUGUUACAAAGUAUCUUGGGGCAGUAGAAGAAAUAAGCAUCAAUACGUGUGAUGAAGUAAGAUACUUGUGGGAAUCUGAAUCAGAGGCAAGUAAGGUUCUUGUGAAUUUAAGGACAUUGCAUGUAUCGUCUUGUUCAAAUUUGGUGAGUUUAGGAGAGAAAGAAGAGGAUAAUUGUGGGAGCUACCUAACAUCUCUUAAGACAUUACUUGUAUACUAUUGCAACAGCUUAGAACAUUGCAAUUUUCCAGAUAGUGUAGAGGAUUUGCAUAUUCGGUAUUGUGAUUCAAUUACAUUUGUCUCCUUCCUAACAGGAAGGGGGAACAAGCUCAAGACACUUUCCAUUGCUGGUUGUAAGGAACUACCAGAAAAGGAGUUGCGAGGAGUAGAAUGUUCCUUCAUUCACCUCACCAGAUUGACAAUAGAAGAAUGUCCAAAUAUGGAGUCAUUUCCUGACCUUGAGUUACCGAAUCUCACCUCGUUAACAGAUCUGACAAUUCAAAAGUGUACAAGUAUGGAUGCUUCCUUCCCUCGUGGGCUUUGGCCUCUGAAAUUGUGUCGGCUUGAAAUAGGAGGAUUGAAGAAGCCCAUCUCAGAGUGGGGUCCACAGAAUUUCCCAACCUCACUUGUUGACCUAAUAUUAUAUGGUGGACCUUUUGAUGAUGCUAAAAAUUUCGAUCAAUUGUCCCACAUUCUUCCUUCGUCUCUUACUUCUCUUCGAAUACAAAAUUUUAGGAAACUGGAAUUGGUUUCUACGGGACUCCAACACCUCACCUCCCUCCAACGUCUCUUCAUCUUCACCUGCCCAAAGACGAAAGAUCUUCCAGAAAAGUUGUUGCCUUCACUUCUGAUAUUGUGGAUAUUUGGAUGCCCAAAUCUGAAAGAAAGGAUUAGUAGAGGAGGCUCUUAUUGGCCCCACAUCUCCCUUAUCCCCUGCUUCAACAUACACCAGUAA